CCAUCACAUUAAGCAAGCACUCCUCCUUCCGUCUUCCUCAUAGACUUCCACCUACUUCGAGUCUAUCUACAUCCAGCUUGCACCUCAGCUCACCAUGGGUGGAGCUUCUAACCUUCCUCCUGGCUUCCACUUCUUCCCUUCAGAUGAAGAGCUCGUCAUCCAUUUCCUCCGCCGCAAAGCGUCCCUCCUCCCAUGCCAGCCAGACGUCGUCCCUACAGUACUUCUGAAUCACCAUGAUCCAUGGGAACUGAAUGGCAAAGCACUUCAAGCAGGUAACCAGUGGUACUUCUUCAGUCAUGCAACAAAAAGUAGGGUCACACCAAAUGGGUACUGGAGUUCUAUUUGUGCCGACGAGAUGGUAAGCAGCGGCGGCUGUAAUGUCGGCCUGAAGAAAUCACUUGUCUUCUCCAUUGGAGAGCUCUCUGAAGGCAUCGAAACCAACUGGAUCAUGCAUGAGUAUCACUUAUGGGAUGGGAGCAGGGGGAGUAGCAGUAGCGCUUCAAGUAGUUCAGGCAGGAGGUUGCACAAGAAAGGUCACUCAGAUACAGAGUCCAAUAACUGGGUGAUAUGCCGAGUGUUUAAUUCGAGCUGCGGAUCACAAGUGAGCUUCCACGAGGAGGGCAUGGAGCUUUCAUGCUUAGAUGAGGUGUUCCUAUCCCUUGACGACUAUGAUGAAGUCGAUCAGUUUGCCGAAUAAAUAGAGCCCUUAAAUUAUGAGCAGAUCGAACUCAUAGUAGGCCCUGAACCUAUGAAACCAUUUGAUGAUGAUUCUAGCACGAAAAGUUACAUUCCAAAAGAUCGAAUGAUUUUAUAGGUAGCCUAAACCACUGCGUCUAGACCACAUGUAGUAAUUCUCCUCCGAGGCGCAUGUUACAAACUUGAGUUAGUUUUCUAUAACUAUGGCAUUAGUGUGAAUAAUCCCCUCUAUUAAAAGGUUACUUAAUUUUCUUGAGCAUUUUCAUGGUUUGUUCUACAUGAUGGAGCACAUGUUCUGGAUAAUCGCUGUAAGGAAGAUAACAUGGUUGGAGCUUGCUCAAGCAUAUCAUCCAUGAAGUAAGCACCAAAAGGCUAUGUGUGUGUGUGUC